AGUGAUUAAAAUGUCGAUCUUCCAUUGUUUUCCAUCGUACAAAAAAAAAAAUUAGCCAUUAAAAGUAAUUAAAAAUUUUGUAAAUUAGGCCCGGUAUUAUUCUUACGUAAAAAUUAACAUUUAUUUAUUACGACUUACUAAUGCGAAAAAAAAUUAAUUAAUUUUAUUAAUUUUACAUCUCAGAUUGAUUUAAUGUUAAUUUUCAAAUGUUGAAUUAAUGUUGAGCACGUUAAACGAAUUCGUUGAGCAAAAAUUAUACUUAUGUAAUACGCGAUUAAUAAUUUUUCAUUUGAUGAAAGUCACGAGACAUACUAUCUUCUUGCUUAUAUUAUACACGAUUAUCACUAAGCUUGAAAUGGAAAUCAAAUGUGUCAUCAUUCUCUUUAUUUGGUGUGGCAUACUACAAGUUAAAUCUUCUAUUCAAAGGUAUAAUCGACAAAUAUUUUUGUUUUCCUACCGUAAUAUUUCUAAAUUUUGUAGCUCAACAUAAUAUCCUAUGAACCGCUAACAGGGAAUCACAACCUUCUUGAAA